AGGAGAAGGAGUCAGCCUUAGUUCCUGGAGAUGGAGGGACUGAGAUAGUAGGGAAGUUUCUCCCCCACAAUAUAGGACUAGUUUCCUUCAUCUGGAGCUAUGUGCUGGAGCCGAGUCUCUGGGAAGGCUGCUGGUAGCUCUUAGGGUCCCUGGUGCAAUGGAAGCCCCUCUUGGGUGCUAUUUCGCAAUCUCAGGCGCUCGCUAUUGGUCAGUAUGUGAUCAUAUGCUUCUAUUUCCUUCUGUCCCUCACUGGCACCCGGCCAUCCCCCUUCAGCUAAAACCCAAUCUCCGAUAAACUACUAAUAGCUAAACCACUUGGACUAUAAAACACAACAAAUCAUAAAGCCAGGAAGGACUGCAGCCUCCUCCCAAUGAGUUCCUAUUUUGUCAACUCCACUUUCCCGGUAACUCUGCCUGGUGGGCAGGAACCCUUCCUAGGACAGAUCCCGUUAUAUUCCUCAGGCUAUGCGGAUCCUUUAAGACACUAUUCUGCCAGCUAUGGGGCCUCUGGAGUCCAGGACAAGGGCUAUGCCUCAUCCUCCUAUUACCACCAGCAGGCAAAUGGCGCAUACACCCGGACGGGCGCCUGUGACUAUGGCGCAGCUGGAUUUUACAGGGACAAGGAGGCUUCCUGCGCCAUGUCCUCCCUGGACGAGCCAUCUUCUCACUACAGCCAGGAGCAGCGCAAACCGGACUGUGUGCACAGCAAGCUACUGUAUGAGGAGCCGGAGGACUCCAAGUGCUCCACACCAGUCUACCCCUGGAUGCAGAGGAUGAACUCCUGCAACAGUUCGGUAUUUGGGCCCAGUGGGAGAAGAGGGCGACAGACCUACACACGGUACCAGACCCUAGAACUAGAGAAGGAGUUCCACUUUAACCGUUACCUAACCAGAAGGCGCAGGAUCGAAAUCGCACACUCUUUGUGCCUGACUGAGCGACAGAUCAAGAUCUGGUUCCAGAACAGAAGGAUGAAGUGGAAAAAGGAGAGUAAAUUGCUCAACUCUUCUGUGCAGAGCUCAGGGGAGGAAGAGAAAACCGCAGAAUAAAAGGCGCACACACACACAGCGCCAUUCCAGGCGCUCUAAUCCUUGUAUCUUGAAUAAAUUAUUAUUAUUAUUAUUGCACACAGGACUGGUAAAGAACAAUCUGUAUUAUAACUACCUAUAUGUCUGACUGUCAUCAAUACCGGGUUGCAGCCCCAGAUAGUGUCAUUAUAUAUAUAUACAGUAUAUAUAGUUACAUAGGGGCGUCCUGUCCAGGUGUUCCAUGCACGAUUUGGCAUAUACUGAUUUUGUUGUCUGGUCUGGUGUAUUAUUUCCAUGUUCACUGAAAACUCAAAAUGCUACCUAGAAAGUCAUUGUGAAAUGGUCUAUUUUUAUGAUUAUUAUUAUUAGUUUUCAGUGUGUUUGUGCUUGUUUUAUUUUUUAUUUUAUUUUUAUUUUUUUAUAUAUAUAUUCUAUAUAUUUGUAGUUGGGGUUGGCCUAGUGAUCUACCGUGCCCAUGACAAGGAUCUCUGCCAGCUAAUAAUAGUGAAUGGAAUCAGAUCUGACCACAGUGAUGCGAUAUUCCAAGCACAAAUAGUCUUAUGUCUGUAUUUUGUAGAGCAGCACCCCUGGGAAUUCCGACUGACCAAACAUCCGUUCUCAUUAUAAAUCCCUGGCUGUGUUCCUGCACUUUCCCAACAUGAAAAUGAGAGAGGUACAGUAUCAUGGAGAAUGGAGAAAUUCAGGCUCCGGCAACUCAGCCUCCUCUAAUCCAAUUCCCCCCUUCUUCUGAAUGCUAGGCAGCUCGUCUGGGGUAUCUGAUUAAAUGUUGUGGACAAUGAGUACUUGUGGGUUAUUUUCUCUGUAUAUUUAGCAUUAUGAAUUCAAAUAACUGAUGAUCUGCUGGGAAUAAAACAUGUCGUUUCUAUGAA